AUGACAAGAUCAGAAAGGACUGGGCAACAAAAUUUACAUCAGUGGAUGUGGCUGCGAAAAAAUCUACACCAUUUAAUGUUAGCGUCCGAAUCAUCAACUGACUUAGAAACCCUGCAAAUGGGAUGGGCACUAAGCAAGGCCCACGCAGGUUCCAUCCGGUUUCCUCGUGAGGUUAAAGAAUAUCUCACAGCCAAGUUUGAAAUUGGUGAGCGAACUGGCCGCAAGGCGGACAGCGUUCAGCAUGAAAAAGAUAUGAGAACAGCAACAACCCCUUCUAAUGAAAGACGAUUCAGUCGCACGGAGUGGCUAUCUAAAACGCAGAUACAGAGUUUCUUCUCUCGCCUUGCAGCUUCCAAACGGAAAGAAUCAGGGACUGUGGGAUUUUCUAUGGAACAAGAAUAA